AGGUGGGCAAUGGCAGACCACAUGAUGGCCAUGAACCACGGGCGCUUUCCCGACGGAUCUGGCGGGCUUCACCACCACCCUGCGCAUCGGAUGGGCAUGGGGCAAUUUCCCACCCCCCAUCACCACCACCAACAGCAGCAGCCGCCGCAGCAGCACGCCUUCAGCGCCCUGAUGGGAGACCAUAUACAUUACGGUGCUGGGAAUAUGAACGCGAGCAGCGGGGUGAGGCACGCCAUGGGGCCGGGGAGCGUUAGCGGAGGGCACCCGACCGGCACCAUGCCGCCCCCCGCCCGCUUCAGCGGCUCCCAGUUCAUGGCCCCCCCUGUCGCCAGCCCGGGAGGGCAGCUGAGCGCCAGCAUGCAGCUCCAGAAGCUGAACAACCAGUACUUCAACCACCACCCCUACCCCCACAGCCACUACAUGCCGGACUUGCACCCCGGCAGCCACCAGCUGAACGGCAGCAGCCAGCAGCAUUUCAGGGACUGCAACCCCAAGCACGGCGGCGGCAGCGGCUUGCCGCCCGCUGUCCCCCACGUCCCCGCGGCAAUGCUGCCGCCCAAUGUCAUAGACACUGACUUCAUCGACGAGGAGGUCCUCAUGUCCUUAGUCAUCGAAAUGGGGCUGGAUCGCAUCAAGGAGCUUCCCGAGCUGUGGUUGGGACAGAACGAGUUUGACUUCAUGACAGACUUCGUUUGCAAACAGCAGCCCAGCAGGGUGAGCUGCUGA